UAGAAGCCCGUCGAUUUAUCCUUGGAAAAACUGUGCGCGCAUACUGCAAGGAACAGAAAAUGCUGCCAGUUGUCUUAUUUAUUUCGCUUUUUGCGAUCGGAACUUUGGGGCAUGCACCUCCACCACUCCAAAAGAAAAUUGUUCACAUUCCAAUUCCGAAAGCAGUUGUAAGACACAAACCACUCAGACAAGAUAGGGCACAUGAUGUUCACCAACAUGUUCCACUUAAAAGGACUGAAGUUCGACGUGUUAACCAAGUGGUUGAUUUAAUCCAUGAGGUUCCAAUGGUUGUUGUAAAACACAAGAAGUUUUUAUCACCUGUGAUUAUACCAAAACCAAUUGUUGUAAAUGAAGUUCUUGCACUUCCAGUUAUUCACGACAAUCAUGUUGUAAAGGUUGAGCACGUUGAUGCUCCAUUUGAAGUUGAAAGGAAGAAAUUCGUACCAAAACCAUUCACAGUAAUCAAACCAGUUGCUGUUGACUUCCUGAAGAAAAUUACAAAGGUUUACGACAGAAAAGUUGAGGUCCCACACUUCCAUCCUGUCCCAUUGAUUGCCACAAUUGACAAACCAAGACCAGUACCAUUCACCAGAGAAGUUGUUCAACAUUAUGACGUUCACGUUAAUGUUCCAAGACCAAGACCAGUCAAACUAACAAGACACAGAACUCAUGUUGAACAGGUUCCAUUCGAUACACCAAACGUUAUUGUUCAGAACAGACCACGUCAUCACGAAGUCAGGGAAUUUGUUCCAAAGGUCCCACAAGGAUUUAAUGGCCGAGUAUUUGCCGGCACAUCUGAAGAUAGAGCAGUAUCUCUCGAAGCAAAUCAAUUUGGUCCAAACACACCUGGACGAACAAUUAACGUAAGACGAACAGUACAAGCUGCACAGGGACCAAGAGUAGCUCCACGAGCUGGAGUAGUAGCCACUGAAUUCCAUGAUGGACGUUCAGGUGAACCAAUCGGAGACGGUGCAAGAAGAGGUUUGGGAGUUAGACGUGGCCCAACUAUCAGAGUUGGAGGAGGUACCCGACAAGGUGCACCUUUCCCAAUCGGAGACCAAAUUGUACAAGGUCAUGAAUUUAUAAGAGGUGGGGGAGUUGCAAUAGGUGGCGGUGGUGGAUUACUUAGAGGAGGAGGGGUAAUUGGAGUAGGUGGCGCUUUAGGAGGAGGAGUAAUUGGAGUAGGUGGCGCUUUAGGAGGAGGUGUCGGUGGUAGCGGAGGUGGAGGAGGUGGAUCAGGACCCGGAGGAUACGGCGGAUACGGACCAGUCGAAUAUGGAUAUGGUUCUAAAGAUGCAUAUUAGGGAUAUAAAAUAAUUACAAGUUACUUGAAGGUUUAGGGCCAAAUACUGAGUAACAGUUUUUCCUAGGAGGAUUUCUAAAAUCUGGUGGCAUUUCAGACAUUAAUUCUCGUUGUUACCACGUUUUACGUGUUUUGAGCAUUUGCAUACUGUAGAUAAUAUAUAACAUCGGUUUGAUCAAUGUAUUCAUCAUCUUCGGGCGUCUAAAAUAAAUUAUAUAUUUUCCAAUAUUUGUUACUUGUACUGAACCCUUUUUCAUCGAAACUGUUAGAUGAAAUACAUCAUUGAUUUUAUUAAAUCUGUACUAGAUUGUAUUA